UCCCUCCCUCACGCCCCGCCGCCAUCUUGCCCGCGGAGCACCGGAGGGGCUGAGCUCCGCCGCCGCCUCUGCCUCUCCCCCUCCUUCCCCUCCGGCCGGGCCGCCUUCUCCCGCGGCCGGGGGGCCGGAGCCGGCAGGAAAAAUAUUGCAUUCAAAGAAUGACAACAGCUGCUCCAGCAAGUGGAUUUGCUGUGCAAGAGGUCAUUAUUUACAGCUGCCAGCUUUACUGAAUUCUUCCUUACAUUUCAUCCUUAUUUUCUUUUAGAAGUGGCAAAACAACUUAGGGUUGAUGUUUUGUGUGCCAUCAACUGAAUUUGGGGCCAUCAUGAAUAUCACCAAGGGUGGGCUGGUGCUGUUCUCAGCCAAUUCCAAUUCCUCGUGCAUGGAACUGUCCAAGAGGAUUGCUGAGCGCCUGGGAGUUGAGAUGGGGAAGGUUCAGGUUUAUCAAGAGCCAAACAGAGAAACACGAGUGCAGAUUCAGGAGUCUGUGAGAGGAAAGGAUGUGUUUAUCAUCCAAACAGUUUCAAAGGAUGUGAAUACCACGAUCAUGGAGCUCCUGAUCAUGGUGUAUGCAUGUAAAACCUCCUGUGCCAAAAGCAUUAUUGGAGUGAUUCCUUACUUCCCCUACAGCAAACAGUGCAAGAUGAGGAAAAGGGGCUCCAUUGUCUCCAAAUUGCUGGCCUCCAUGAUGUGCAAAGCUGGACUAACUCAUCUUAUUACCAUGGAUUUACAUCAGAAGGAAAUUCAGGGUUUCUUCAAUAUUCCAGUUGAUAACUUGAGAGCAUCUCCAUUUUUACUCCAGUACAUCCAAGAAGAGAUACCAGACUACAGGAAUGCUGUAAUUGUGGCCAAAUCUCCUGCAUCUGCAAAGAGGGCACAGUCGUUCGCCGAGCGCCUGCGGUUGGGCAUCGCCGUGAUCCACGGGGAAGCUCAGGAUGCUGAGUCUGACAUGGUGGAUGGCCGGCACUCCCCUCCCACAGCCAAGUACGUGGCUGCCAUCCACCCCAGCCUGGAGAUCCCCAUGCUGAUUCCCAAGGAAAAGCCACCCAUCACAGUUGUUGGAGAUGUAGGAGGAAGAAUAGCUAUCAUUGUGGAUGACAUCAUCGAUGACGUUGACACCUUUCUGGCUGCAGCUGAGACCCUCAAGGAGAGAGGGGCCUACAAGAUCUUUGUCAUGGCCACCCAUGGCCUGCUGUCCUCAGAUGCUCCCCGGCUGAUCGAGGAGUCUGCCAUCGACGAAGUGGUUGUUACAAAUACAAUUCCACAUGAAAUACAAAAACUUCAGUGCCCUAAAAUCAAGACUGUGGAUAUCAGCAUGAUCCUGUCAGAAGCCAUUCGCAGGAUCCACAAUGGGGAGUCCAUGUCCUACCUUUUCAGGAAUAUAGGAGUGGAUGAUUAAAGCUUUUCUUCCUCUCAAGAAACACCCCGGGCCAAACUGGAAGCGAACAGAGAACGAGCUGUGAAGCGUUGUGCUUACCUUAAUAUUUCCAUUGAGCCACUUCUUGUUUCUCUUGGUUUAAGUAUCAAGGUAGAACAGUUUUUAAGACUUUUUUUUUCCUUUGAUGGGUUUUUUUGGAGUGGGGGGGUUGGUGGGAAUAAACGUUUUACAAAAAAAACUGUUCUAGUUGCUUUUAGGUUAGUUGCACUAUACACGAUGGAAAAAUCCCACAAAACACUUGAGGCAAGAAUUUGGCUUCUAAAUUAAGCAUUCCUUUUCCAAAGCUGCUUGCUACAAGUGCUUUAAAUGAUAAUAAAAUGAAGUGACUGUAUAAUAUUUGCAUUUUAAAAGCCAAAAAGGUUGUACUGUUGUAUGCAGUUCAGUGAUUUUGUAGGAGUGCUUUUAUAGAAAAGCAUAUGGAAUAUGCACCUGUAUUUAUUUUCUGCGACAAAGAAUAAAGACUUGUUUUGUGUGAGCUUUCUAAAAA